GGCUCUGUCCGGAGUGCAGGCGACGCGGGCGGUCCGGCGGCUGGCUGGGCCCCGGGGCCUGCGGCAGGGGCGCUGAGCUGGCGGGGCGGGCCGGGUUGCGGGGAGCGGCUCCUCCUCCUCCUCGGACUGCAGGGUUAAUAACUAAUAUAAGACAGAAGAGAAAGAUGUCAUUUCGUAAAGUAAACAUCAUCAUCCUGGUCCUGGCUGUUGCUCUCUUCUUACUGGUUUUGCACCAUAACUUCCUUGGUCUGAGCAGUUUGCUGAGGAAUGAGGUUUCAGAUUCAGGAAUUGUGGGGCUUCAGCCAGUGGACUUUAUCCCAAAUGCUCCCCAGCAUGUGGUUGAUGGGAGAGAAGAGGAGAUUCCUGUGGUCAUCGCUGCAUCUGAAGACAGGCUCGGAGGGGCCAUCGCAGCCAUAAACAGCAUCCAGCACAAUACCCGCUCCAACGUGAUCUUCUACAUUGUCACACUCAACGGCACAGCAGGCCACCUCCGGUCCUGGCUCAGCAGCAGUAACCUGAAAAGUAUCAGGUACAAAAUUGUGAAUUUUGACACUAAACUUUUGGAAGGGAAAGUAAAGGAGGAUCCUGACCAGGGGGAAUCCAUAAAACCAUUAACCUUUGCAAGGUUCUACUUGCCAAUUCUGGUUCCCAGAGCAAAGAAGGCCAUAUACAUGGAUGAUGAUGUAAUCGUGCAAGGUGAUAUUCUUGCCCUGUACAAUACACCACUGAAGCCAGGACAUGCAGCUGCAUUUUCAGAAGACUGUGAUUCAACCUCUGCUAAAGUUCUCAUCCGUGGAGCAGGGAACCAGUACAAUUACAUUGGAUAUCUUGACUAUAAGAAGGAAAGAAUUCGUAAACUUUCCAUGAAAGCCAGCACCUGCUCAUUUAAUCCUGGAGUUUUUGUUGCAAACUUGACAGAAUGGAGAAGACAGAAUAUAACUAACCAGCUGGAAAAAUGGAUGAAACUCAAUGUAGAAGAGGGGCUAUAUAGCAGAACACUGGCUGGCAGCAUCACAACACCGCCUUUGCUGAUUGUGUUUUACCAACAGCACUCCACCAUUGACCCUAUGUGGAAUGUUCGCCACCUUGGUUCCAGUGCUGGAAAACGAUAUUCACCCCAAUUUGUAAAGGCUGCCAAGUUACUCCACUGGAAUGGGCACUUUAAGCCAUGGGGAAGAACUGCUUCAUAUACUGAUAUCUGGGAAAAAUGGUAUAUUCCGGACCCAACAGGCAAAUUCAGCCUAAUCCGAAGACAUGUGGAGAUCUCAAAUACAAAGUAAAAUACGAAUUGUGCUAUAAGCAUUUCUCAGGAAAUCCUGGAAGACAGUGUGUGUGGGAAGUAACACUAGCUAGGCUUCAGUGCCUGUCUUCACCAACCCAUGGAAAAAGGGACAUUUCAGCUGGGUAAGAGGAUAGACUGUCCCAUUUGGCAGCCAGCUUCCCAGACAGACUAUAAAUAUGCCUCCAUCUGCCUUACCAAGUGUUCGCUUACUGAUGGUGCUGACUGACCAGAGGUGAAUGGACUUAAGAUACGGUUGCUACAGCCAGUUCGUCACUGCUACUUGGUUUUAAUUUUGUGACCUGUGUAAAUAAAGUGAAAACUUCAUUUUUCAA